GUCACCCAGUGAGUAAAUAAUGUGAAAUCAACAAUGGAAGAAAAACGCAUUUUCGAAACGUUAAAAAAGCAUUUCGGCUUUGACAAGUUCAAGUCAAAGCUGCAGGAAAAAGCAGUGCUUGAAAUAUGCCAGAGACGAGACGACGUUUACGUUUCAAUGCCGACCGGUUCGGGCAAAUCGUUGUGCUAUCAACUGCCGGCGUUGCUCUACGAGAAGAAAGUGACAAUCGUGUUCUCGCCCCUCCUGGCCCUCAUCAAAGAUCAAAUCGAUCACUUAGUUGCAUUGAAAAUCCGUGCCGCCUCACUUAACUCCAAAACGCCGGCGGGCGAAAAAAACAAAAUUAUUUCAGACUUGAAGUCGACGUCCCCAAAUUUGAAGUUGCUGUACAUCACCCCCGAACAAGCAGCCACUAAAAACUUCAAAGAGUUGUUCAAUAAUUUAGUUAAGUUUGAUAAAAUUUCCUUUAUUGUGGUGGAUGAAGCGCAUUGUGUCAGUCAGUGGGGUCACGAUUUCCGACCUGAGUAUUUGAAACUUGGGGAGUUAAGAGAGGGUUGUAAAGUACCAUACAUUGCCUUAACUGCCACAGCUGGAGCAGAAGUAACAAAAGAUAUAGUGGAAAGCCUGAAGCUUUCAAAAACGCACAAAAAGUUCAAGACAUCUUGUUUCAGAGAAAACUUAUUUUACGACGUGUUUUACCAGAACACCCUAGAAAACCCUUACGUACAUCUCAAAACGUUCAUAGUGAAAUGCCUGAAUAAAUCCCAAGAGCAGGACUUGCCCAAGGAACAAAAAUCGUGCGGGAUUAUUUACUGCAGGACAAGAGAACAAACUGAAAUUCUCUCACACAAGCUUAACGAAAUGGGCGUGAAAAGUUUAUGCUAUCAUGCUGGUUUGAAGAACAAGGAACGACUUGAAUAUCAGGACUCUUGGUAUGGAGGCGACGUGCCUGUAAUUUGUGCCACCAUUAGCUUUGGAAUGGGUGUUGACAAAGCUUCUGUUAGGUUUGUGAUUCAUUGGGGAGUUCCAAAAGAUCCUGCAUCCUAUUAUCAAGAAUCUGGACGAGCGGGACGUGAUGGCAAAAAAUCACACUGUCGCAUUUAUUACAAUAAAAGCGAUUCAAAAGCUGUCGAAUUCCACCUUGUACAAGACUUGGGGAAGGCAAAAGAGAACAAAGCGAGACGUUUGAAGGCGGAGAACGCCUGUAAAGGCUUCCAGAAAAUCGUAAACUUCUGCGAGAAUCCAACAGAGUGUAGGCAUAAAUUGUUCAGCAAACAUUUCGGUGAGAAUCUGAAAGAUUGUAAAAAAAUGUGCGACUAUUGCAAGGAUAAAAAAGAAGUGGAAAAAAUGGCUGAACAUUUUAUAACAAAAAGCAUACAAUUCAACAGCACACCCUCUAACAUUGUCGCAGAUUGUUCAGAUCUAUAUGAAGGCGGGCGACAAGGAAUUAGACAAAAUUCAAAAGCAUACGACGACGAUUCGGAUGACGGAGAAAGUUAUGGCAGUUUCGAACGUGAGGAACGUGCCCGGAAAGAAUCCAAUGACUUGAUUAGAAAACAAUUCGCCCUCAGGAGAAACCCACAGGAGGUGUCCCAGGAAACUGUGGACAAACUGUUUGCUAAAAAUUCAAGAGUGAAGGCUGCCUCAGUCACAUCCAGCAAAGUUAAAGGUUUGACCCUUGUGCUCAGGGAACAAUAUGUCAACAAAAUCUUGGAUGUUUUGUAUGCUAAUUAUACAGAGUGUGAGAAAAAUCCAAUUUAUGAUAAAAAGGAUAUUGAGGAUUGUUCUAUUGAUUUGGAAUAUUCCGUUUUUACGGUAAACACGACGAUUACUAUGUACCGAAAUGCCAUUGCCAAACUUAUCGCGAGCAUAAAAAAGAGCACCGCCGGCAAUGCGGUGUACGAGCGGAUCGGCAGCUUCGAGGCGCGCGCCCCCCAGCACAAGACGCUAGGUGACCUGUUCCGCAACAUCAAGAAAGAGCGGCUGGUGAAGGGGUCCGAUGCGGGCGGCUUUCAAACGGCCCUCGAGGUUCUGAAGAAAGAGGAGGUCAAGGAGGAGGCGGAGCAAGUCGAAGAACCUGCGGGCGGCUUCACGAGUGCUUUGGAGGCUUACCAACAACAAAAACAGGAGGUCAAAGCUGAUGAGGUAACAGACACAAACAGUGGUCAAGAGUUGAAGGAGGAUAAGGUCACAGAUGUGGAGGAAGAGAUGACGAUGAACAAGAACAAGGACUUGAGGUCGCUGUUUGGGGACGACUCCGACACGGACGACAAGGAUUUGAAGGGUAAGAAGAGGAAGGUGGAAGAUGACAAAGGGAUGGAGAAGAAACGUAGGCGUCACAACGAAGAAAACAACGGGGAGAAAAAGGUGGUGGCGGACUCUAAAAAGCCAAAACGAUUGAAGAAGACGGAAAUUGGAGGUCUUGUUGUUAAACUGUUGACGCCAGCAUACGUCGAACGACGAUUUGAGUCCAGAGAUGUUUUUAAAAGCACCGCCAGAAAUAUUUCACACGCUCUGGUCGAUAAAGAUGAGAAAGAAAUAAAAGAAUAUGUGGAGAGCUUCCUAAGCAAAAACGAAGCCAUAACAUCGCAAACAAAACUCUGACAUCACAAGACACCAAAUUAUGUGACUUUAAAAUAGUUUGGAGUGAAUUUAAGCGUGGUUUUGUUGAUCUCGUUUUAGUUUCAAGCAUUAUUAACAAUUGUUUCGCAUUUUGGAUCAUUUAUAUAUGUACAUAAGUCAUUAACCAUUGUUUUGCAUUUUUUGUUUCAUUUGUAUGUUUAUGUACAUAGAUGAAUAAGCAUGAAGAUUUAUUACAUAUAUAUACAUAAGUUAAUUAUGAUAAAACAGAUGCUCUAAAACAGAUUUAUAUUUAGAGGUUUAGAGUAAAUUUUCUGAUAUUGAACAAGUGAUUCUUCGAUAACUUAAUAUUUUAAGGUUUUGUUUUAUUAUUAUUUUUGUUGAAGUUAUACAUUAAAAAUACAGUUGUUUUA